AUGUGUGAGUUGUGCUGCAAGCAGUGUAAAGUCCCACUAUGUUCAAAGUGCCUGUCCAGUAACCUUCACAAAGGUCAUGAUUAUGAACACAUAUCAGAUGUUUUUGAUGCCCAGAAAGCAUGCAUUGGAAGGGAAAGGGAUGAGAUGAAUAGUAUCAUUCAAAAGUUUAAAGAAUUCAAUACAAAACUUGAUACAAAAUCCAAAGACAGAGAGAGGAUCUACAAGACUCUUGAGUCCCAGGUUAGUAGCAGAGAAAAGGAUAUGAUGGCAGCUCUGAAAAAAGCAGUCACAAAACAAAGGCAGAAAAUCAAGGAGCUAAAAACAAUGGAUCAAAAUCAGUUACAAGCUGAAAAGGACAAAAUCGAUCAACAAAUUACCAAAACCAGAGAGAGUGUGGACUACUGUGACAAGUUGCUGGAUGGUCAAAAUCCCAGUGGACUCAUUCAGUUUAGUUCCAAGAUUUCAGAUUUGCAAAAUCUGUCUGGAGUGAUUCCAGACAUGAAUGAAUACAUAUUCAAAACAGGUUCACUGUCUAAUGAUGAUAUAGAUGGGGGUUUUGGUGAAAUUGAACUAAAACAAAAAUCUGAAAACUGA